GUCCGAAAUUGAAGUAUCUGUAAUGCAGACUGUUAUGUUAGUGUUUUAUCCAAUGAAUAUUACUUAGAAAACUAAUAUUAAUUUAUUUUAAAGUACACAUAACACCAUGGAAGAAAAUAGGGAACAAAUUCUAGCUGAUUUUCAGUCCUGCACUGGCAUUGAUGAUGUUGGAGAAGCUAUCAUGAAUCUAGAGGCUCACAAUUGGAAUUUGCUGAAUGCCAUCAACUCUGUAAUGCCAGAAGAAUCCCAGACCCUGCCCUCAGAGCGUGAGCCAGAACUACCCAUGGACCUGGUGGAGGAAGUGGGCAGUGUCCCCUCUGGUAAUGCUGCAGGACCAAUUCCACCCAUGGAGCCACUGCCCUCUAUGCCCAACUUGGUGGACGAGUCCAUGCAGCUGGCAUCGCGACUACUCAACUUCAGCGUACAGUACAAAGAGAACACAUUCCCUCUGGAGGUGCCGGACUCAGAACCAGUGGCUGCCAUCAAAACUGCAUUGCAUGUAGAACUAGGUGUGCCACCCUGCAGACAAGAACUCUUUGGCUGGAAAACAAAUCCUGCAACAGAUGAUACGAUCCUGUCCUCUCUCCAGCUACCUCAGUGCACGAACCUCUUUCUCUUGGCUCCUGAUCACGCGGACCGAGCCCAAGGGAUUUCUUCCGUCGAUGUGUGA